AUGUCAUUCUUGAUAUACUUGUUGAAGGCAGAGCCAUUGACAACAUCACAGCUCAGACAGGUUGUUCAGAAGCAUGUAUUCCCAGUGCCACACAAGAUGAUGGUCCAUCCAUCAUUGCCAGCUGGACAUUACUUCCUCUACGGCUGCUUCACAUGCACCAAGUUCAACUUCCCAGACACACUCAACUACUCAGUGACCCAGGUAUCACAAUCAGACUUUAUCUCUGAGAUAACAACCAAUGCCACGCUACAAGCACUCAUUGACAGGACUGUGUGGAGCACCGACAGCCUCAACAACAGCAAGGAUAAGGAGUACUACUAUGAGUUGGUGGACUUGUUGCUUGAAAGACGGACAUACUCUGGCGUCAAGACAUAUGAACAGAUGGCGCCAACUGAAUGGCCCGAUAUUGCUCGAAUGGAUGUUGAACGACCUAUGUUCCUCAAGUCCGAGUCGGAGUAUGAUCAGCCAUAUGGAUUCCAAACCAAUCACACUUUAGUACACAAGAUUGAUGAGCAUGAAUCACUUCGUGACUCGCAUGGACGGCUCACGGUUCCCUGUGGCCAGGUGUAUUUCAAACUGUCGCCAUUGGACUGUGACAAGGCGGCAAACAUGAAUGAAGAUGACCAAUGGUGGACCAAGAUGAAGGAGUUCCCCUUGAUCUUUGAAGACACCUCAUUCUUUGGUCCAGAGAUGGAUGAGAUCUGUUCAGAUAUCAUCAUUGGCAAGUGCAACUACACCGAUCCUUAUGCAUAUUGUAAAAUACCCGUGCGUGCACUGGAGCUCAAUGGGAUAUAUACCCUCAUGCUCUCAGGCUCCCUGACCGCCUAUGAUCACUUCUCAUUUUCUUGUCCAUACUCGAAAGGAAUGUUAUAUGGAUCAUUGAGUAUGAUUUGUGCAUUCAAGACAGAGUUCAAGGUAUACUUACUGAUACAUAUUGUGUCAAGUCUACUCAAACAAAGAUUGAAUGUCAUCAUUCACUUGAUGAUGUUUUCAACGAUCACCGAUGAGGAGGUCUACCAAUUGAUCAAAUGGGUGUGCUUCGAGAACAAGAUGUCCCAACAGGAUGUAAGCAAUAUCCGAACGAUACUCUGUGUCCGACCACAACUUAGGAUGCACACCAGUCGACUGUUCACAUGUCAAGAGCUACCCAAGAUACUGGAACCAUUCCAAUCACUCUACCGACCUGCAUGUGGACUCACACUGGCCGCGAUUGCUGGUAUCAUUGAUAACAUCCAGAUGUUCAAGUUGGUGUACUCACAUGACAUUGAUGUGGACAAGACAUACCCAUCAACAUUGGACAAUAUUCUGAUGUUCACGAGGUAUACACGAUGUGUCGACUACCUCCUCAACAAUGACCCGCACUACUUUGAGCGCAACCUUCAGUCAAGGCCAUUAUGGUGGUUCGGUCACAACGUCCUUGUGUCCAACAAGGAGAUCCGACGAUUCGUUCCCGUGCUGGCCAAGUGCAGGAAGCUCAACGGGUUCAACUCGUCCAUUCCACACUACCCAAGCAUGGAUGACAUAUGCAUCUACACUGGCAAGCUGGGCCUGCUGGCCUGGAUGAAGACAGUCAGCAUCACUUGGCAAGAUCGAAUACCACAUGCUCCUGACCUCCCCAACCUAUGCAGCCCGCUGGAGAUGGUCAUCUCUGGAGCCACCCCUACAACUUUGAAGGAAUACCAAGAGUUCUACCCAUCAGCCAGUCAUCAUAUUUGCGACAUGGUGUUGGUAAAGUGGAUCAAUGAGCAUGGUUUGACGAAUGAGUUGCUCAACAUGAGAUUCAAGGACUCAUCAUGGCCACUCUUCACAAGUACCAAGCUACCAUUUGUAUCAAUUCUCAUCAAGUGUACUCCAACCAUCAUAGAAGCACUUCUCAAUCAGCCAGGUCUCCCGCCAGUCGACAAGCUCACCAUUAACAUGCCCCAAUGGAAUGCAUGGUUCAAUCAACACAUUAACUUCAUAACUCAACCAAAGACCGAACAACAACAAGGCAGUCUGCUCGAUGUAUAUAUGUUGGCUGGGAGAUUGGAUGUUAUCAAGUACAUCAUUUCCAAAUAUGGUGUACAAAUGGUCACCAAACAGACAGAGUCACUCAUCAAGCUGCGACCACCAAUUGAGCAGGAGGAGAUCAAGGCAAUGGUCGCAGACAUCAAAUCAAUGGACUCAUUAUUAGGACCAUCAUCAAACAAACAGAAGUCAAAGAGCAAGAACAAGAACAAGAACAAGAAGAAGAAGAAACAAUCACAGUCAAAUGAGAUCAAGAAUGAUGGUCCACCUCACAAUCAGCCAUCACAACUCGAGACCAAGGCAGAGCAACUGCAGAUUGAGCAAUACGAGAGGACAGUUGGCAAGUUCAAGUUCAGCAGGAAGAUGAUCAUUGGACGUGGAAGCCAUGGCACUCUGGUGUACAAGGGUGUGUGGUGUGACAAGGUGCCCGUGGCUGUCAAGGAGAUGCGCAAAGGAUUCAACACACUCAUCGAUAAAGAGGUGGACACACUGAUGGAGCUGACCAAGUCCAAUGACAAAGACAACUUGGUGAAAUUCCUUGGAAUGGAGGAGACUGAGGACUACACCUACUUGGCGACAUCACUGUGUGAGAUGUCACUUCAAGAGUUGGUGGAGGCGCACAAGGAUCGAUUCCAAUCAUUGAACAAACAGACAUUGAUCAAUGACAUCAUCAACGGUGUUCGAUUCCUGCACAAAAACAACAUCAUCCACAACGAUCUCAAUCCUCGCAACAUCCUGCUCAAAGACGAUCACCUGUUCAUCACUGACAUGGGACUGAGCAAGAUGUCCGUUGAGACAUCAUUCGCAUUCACUCAUGCUCCAAGUGGUCAAGGUGGUUACUUCCCAGCAGAGGUCAUCAACAAUCAACGCAAGACCAACUCUGUCGAUAUCUUUGCACUUGGAUGUUUGAUGUAUUACAUCCUCGCUGAUGGUGGUCAUCCUUUCGGUGACAACUUCCAUCUCAGAGCAUCAAAGAUACAUCACAAUGAGUUUGACAUUCAACAACUCACUGAUCAACCAUGUGCCACCGACCUCAUCACACAAAUGAUAUCACAUGAUCCAACGACACGACCAACGAUCAACAUGGUGUUCAAUCAUCCAUUCUUCUGGGACAUCAAAAAGAGGAUCAUGUUCAUUACCUGUGUGUUCCAGACCAUCCAGGACCAACCACACUCAUACCUCAACAAGGUCAAUGCCAAUCAAUGGAACAAGUCCAUCGAUUCCAGGCUGCUUGACCAACAUGAGUCACAAUAUAACUAUAAUAGUGCGAAGGACUUGAUUCGAUGCAUCAGGAACACGACACAACACCAUCAUCAACUGUUCAAGGAUGCUCAGAAGAAGACAUUAUUCUUUGAUUCACAACAAUCAGCAUUCCAAUACUUUGAACAACGACAUCCAACAUUGAUCGUCCAACUCUAUCGCAGGUUCAUCAACACUGAUGAUGCCCAAUCAGACAAUCUCAAGGACUACUUUGUUGUGUCUACCUCGUCCUGA